AUGGAUUCAAGCGAUUCUUAAGAAGAUUCAUAUUAGAAAGUAUAAAAAAUUAUGAAAUAAGGAUUCAUUACUAGAAAUACUCUAAUUUGGAUAAUUCAAGAAGUAAAAUGAAAGUGAAAAAUUAUCAAUCGAUAUUUCUAAUCAUGUGUUAAACUUAGGAAUGUUCACAAAACCAAAAUAAAAUUACAUUUAAAAUACAAAUCAUACUAAAGAAUUAUAUAUUUCUAUCAUUAAAAGUAUCACAAUAUAUAAAUUUAAGAGAUCACAGAUCAAUUAGUUUAUUAAGUAAUAUCAAUAUAUUGAGUCAGGAUCAAAGAAAUUUAUUCAGUCCAAAAAAAAUAAUACUUGGACUAUAAGAUUAUUUAUUAGAAAAACAGGUUGAAAGAAUAUAUAAUACAGUAAGAAGAAAAAGUUGUAUAUGUACUAAAUGUGGUCAUUAAAGUGAUUUUGAAAAACGAACUAACUCUUUUUCAGUGAGAACCUAGCAAUAAAUAAAUACAUAAAUACGUUUAUUAAAUUACAACACAAGAAAUCAAUUUAAACAAUAAUCUUUAAUAAGACUACACAAAAUAAAACAAUUAUAAAACUAAUGUCAUUAUUCAAGUCUUUCAGCUCAAAUAGAUAAUUAAUUAUAAUUUAAUUAAACACCAUUAGUAGAACCAACCAUAGUUAAUAUUAAAUGGAAAUUCAAAAAGAAAACAAUAAUUUAACCUGUUGUAUUAAAGCAAUACUUACCAACAACAAAAAAUUACUUUGUAAAAUAAUAUCAUCUUACUUCAAGAACAGGAACCAAUAAUACUCCUACAUAAAAAACCUUACCUUCACUUAAGACUUUAACUUAGAGUAGAAGAAAUCUAUUUGAUAAUAAAUAUUAUUGA